AUGUUUAUUCACAUUCUUGCACAUCAUGUCAAGAAUCGGGUCAUUAAAUUUCGAUUUCAGCGGUCAGGAGAAACUAUCAGUAGGCACUUUCAAGAUGUGUUGAAUGCUCUCAUGCGUCUUGAAGGACUCUUACUUAAGAAACCAGAGCCGGUUCUUGUUAACUCAACUGAUGAGAAGUGGAAAUGGUUUAAGAAUUGCCUUGGAGCUUUAGAUGGGACACACAUCAAGGUAAGGGUACCUAUAAAAGAUAAGCCUAGAUAUAGUACACGCAAAGGUGAAAUUGCUACAAAUAUGUUAGGAGUGUGUUCACAAGACAUGCAAUUUAUCUAUAUAUUACCUGGGUGGGAAGGGUCAACUGCUGAUAGUAGAGUGCUUCGAGAAGCAAUGGACAAGAGAAAUGGAUUUAAAGUUCCUCAAGGUUACUACUAUCUUGUUGAUGCUGGGUACACAAAUUGUCAAGGAUUUCUUGCACCAUAUAGAGGACAAAGAUAUCAUUUGAAUGAUUGGAGGGAUGAACACCAACCUACUACUCCUCGAGAAUUUUAUAACAUGAAGCAUUCUUCGGCAAGAAAUGUGAUAGAUAGAUGCUUUGGACUACUUAAGAUGCGUUGGGCAAUUAUGAGAAGUCCUUCUUUUUAUUCGACUACAACACAGACUCGAAUCAUUUUAGCAUGUUGUCUAUUGCAUAAUCUUAUAAGGAUGGAGUUUACACAAGAUCAAAUAAGAGGAGCAGGUAACAAUAAACGGAUGUGGACAGAUGAAGAAGAUAUGAAGCUUAUUGAGGCUCUUCUCGACUUACAUAACACAGGUCUCUAUAAUGCCGAUCGUGGAUUCAAACCUGGCCAUGUUACAGCUGUGGAGAAAAUACUUGCAGUUACUUUGCCAUAUUCUUAUUUAAAGGCAAACCCCCAUAUUAAAUCUAGAAUGAAAACAUUAAAAACCCAUUUUGUUACUGUGCAUGAUAUGUUGCAUGGGCCUAACACAAGUGGGUUUGGUUAUGAUAAUUUGAACCAUUGUGUGGUUGCUGAGAAAUCUGUGUGGGAUGCUUACCUACAGAGUCACAAGAAUGCUGCAAAAUUUAAAGACAAACCUUUUCCAUAUUAUAAGGAUCUAUGCACCAUAUUUGGAAAAGACCGUGCUACCGGAAAUGAUGCUGAAACAGCUGCUGAUGUUAUGGAAAAAUUGGAUAAAGAACGGAUGAACAAGGAAAAUGAUGAUGUUGGAGAUGGUUUAGAUGAUAUUGACGCAUCGAUAUCAUUUAUGCAAUCUCCCACAAUUGGAAAAACUCAUGAAGUGAGCUCUAAAAAUAAAAAGAAGAGGAAAUCUCAAAGUGUCGCAGAAUCAUUGUGUGAAGUAGUGAAACAAUCUUCAACUUUGAUUGGCUCAGAUAUAAAAUCAAGUACUGAACGCCUUAGCCAAGCUAUUAAAGAUGCUUCAAUUAAUGAGUUGAAAAUUAGGCUACACGAAGAAUUGAUGAAGUUACCAAGUUUGAACAAAACCGAUCGAGCAAAAGCUUUGGCUCAAAUUGGUCGUGACCGUGACUUGAUUCAAAUUUUUUUCACACUUGAUGAGGAUAUGAAGGAAGAAUUGGUGAAGACAGUCAUUUCGUGA